CUAUACAACAUGAUGAUGCUUAAUUUCUAUAUAAUCUGUUUCAACAAUUGGAAUUGGAACUUUUGCCUGGGCAUGGACAUAAGGCCUUGGAAUUAAAGAGACAACUUAUGGUGGGCAUGUCGUCCCAUCACUCUCACUCACAUUUGUCCGUGACUUACUGAUUCGUCCUCCUUGUGUGUUUUUGUUUGAUUUAACUUUGAUAUGCGUACAUAGAAUCUUUGCUGACUUUAUUCUGCGAGUGUUGCAGAACAGGAAAACAAAUAGGAAGAGAACCAAUAGAACUGUACCUGAAGCCUGAAGGGAGUCGCCAGACACCACGCUCUGCUGCCUGAAACCAAGACAAACCGCAUCGAUGACUUGACUAAAAACAGGUCAAGCAAGGAUGUAGACUGCUCUUCACUACCUGGAUUGGACUUAUUGGUUGACUCGAUAAACUGCCGUAGCCUGUGCUCAAAGACAAGUUGAUGAAUGCCUGCAGCAUCUAAUUUUUAAUCCUUCGAUGCCCACAGGAGACUCGAUCCUUCUUCAAUUUUGUUCAUGCCCAUAGAGAUUAAUCUGUCGAUUGGAGGUGAAAAAAAAAAAUAAUGUAUCUGUCAGAUUCUGCAAGAGGGGAAGAAAAGCAGCUGAGAAAUAUUUAGUUGGGAGUUGUCUGGUACCUUGUCGGGAAAUUAGAUUCCUUGUCGGUAGGUGUGCGUAUUCUCUUUUUCCAACACUCAACUGCUCUCAACAUUUCAUCUAAAUUUCACAACGAGUGCAUUCAUAAUAUGUAGUGAACCGGCCUCUGGUUUCCUCCUACUCGAUUCCUUCACCAUUAUUCUCCAUCUCUGUCUCAGCUGGCAGCUGUCUCUAAUCUCCCUUGUAUAGUUUCAUUCGAUGACGCCGCCAAUGGAGCACGACUACAUGGGUGCUAAGGAUACCGAGCUCCGGCUCGGCCUGCCUGGCUCCGACGGCCGGUUGGUCGACGAAUGCGCCACCGUGGGCCUCACAUUGGGCGGCACGAAAAGGGUUUUCUCCGAUGUCAUUCAUGGGGAUUCUUUCUCGGAGGUAGGGGACGGUGCCGGUGGAGCAACCAAAACGCCACCGCCGCCACUACCUCCUGCGGCGAAGACACAGAUUGUUGGUUGGCCACCGAUCCAUAGUUACCGAAAAAAUACAAUCGCAUCAAAUACUUCAAAGAACAAUGAUGAAGAUGAUGCCGAUAGGAAGCAAGGGAAUGAAUGCCACUAUGUGAAGGUCAGCAUGGAUGGAGCUCCCUAUUUGAGAAAAGUUAACCUUAAUAUGUACUCCAACUACAAGGAGCUGUCACUAGCACUGGAGGAGAUGUUUACUAGCUUCACCAUUGGCCAGUGUGGUUCAAAUGGAAUGAGUGCUAGAGAGACGAUUACUGAGCUUCUUCAAGGAUCUGAACAUGUUCUUACCUACGAGGACAAGGAUGGGGAUUGGAUGCUCGUUGGCGAUGUUCCGUGGCUUAUGUUUGCUGACUCCUGUAGGAGGCUGAGGAUUAUGAAAGGUUCAGAUACAGUUGGAAUUGGUAAAACUCCAAAGGCCAUCGGGUCCAAGAUCAGGAACUAAGAGCAAGAUGAUGAACCAUGAAAGAUGAACCAACCGUGAACUUGUUAUUAACGCACUAGCGUGUUCAUUGUAUUUCCGAUGCUACUUACUGAUCCCGUAGCAGUUGUGGUAGUAGCGUGUUCGAGAUUUGAUCUAUGCUCCGAUUUGUAUAGAAAGUCUAAGUUUGGUAUUGUCUGCGUUUAUAGAAGAUUUAGUGAAUCUAAAUUGUCUCCCAAAUUUUAGCAAAUUCUAUUUUAAGCUCGA